CCCCCAUUGCCUUUUUCUCCAAGAGAUAAUCGCCAGCACAAGAACGUUAUAGUACUUUUGGACGCGAACUCUUAGCUAUGUAUUUAGCAGUAAAGCAUUUCAACUUUUUGCUACAGGGUCGUGAUUUCAUCAUUAUGACAGAUCAUAAACCCCUUUGCCAUUCUUUUAGCACAUCGUAUGACAAACACUCCCCACGAGAAGCAAGACAACUUGAUUAUAUCUCACAAUUUACCACAGACAUCAGGUUUAUCAAAGGUCACACGAACAUUGUUGCAGAUGCACUAUCUAGGAGGGAUAUCAAUACGAUGGUACUCAAUCAUGACAUCAGCCUUGAAACGUUGGCUAAAUUACAUGCAGACGAUGCAGAAUUAAAAGCCUGCAAAGAAAAGUCUAGCUUAGACCUCAAACCUGUACCUACUCCCCUUUCAGACGAAUUCAUCAUGUGCGACACUUCAACAGGCAACAAUCGUCCGUUUGUCCCACAUGCUUGCCGACGAAAAAUAUUCCAGCAUUUGCAUGGUCUUUCACAUCCAGGCAUCAGAGCAACAACAAAGCUCAUUACCGAACGUUUUGUGUGGCCUAAAAUCAACUCGGAUGUUAAACGUUGGACACGUAGCUGUCUCCAGUGCCAACGCAGUAAGACGCAAAAACACACCUACAGUCCAAUUGGGAAGUUCCCUAUCCCUGACAAACGCUUCCAUCACGUGCAUUUAGAUUUAGUUGGGCCUCUGCCACCAUCAAACUCUUUCACACAUAUCCUCACCGCAAUAGAUAGGUUCACAAGAUGGGCCAUAGCAUGCCCCAUUAAAGACACAUUGGCAGAGACAGUGGCUUCAGUUUUCCUCGACCGCUGGAUAUCCAACUUUGGCGUACCAUCAACAAUCACAACAGACCGCGGUCCCCAAUUCCAGUCCGUCCUAUUUCACGAGUUCACUAAACUUCUUGGAGUAAAUCAUGUUAAAACGACAGCUUAUCAUCCGGCAGCUAAUGGCAUGGUUGAAAGAUUCCAUCGCCAACUAAGAAGCUCUCUGAUGGCACAACCGGACUCUUCAAAAUGGAGCGAUGCUUUACCGCUCGUUCUCCUUGGGAUUCGCUCGUCUGUAAAGGAAGACAUCGGAUGCACGGCCGCUGAACUAGUCUAUGGCACGACAUUAACGUUACCAGGACAACUGGUCAAGAAUGAAACCACAACACCAGGAGACCCUUCUCGUUUUGUAAGCAGAUUACUACAAAUGAUGCAGAGCAUCAGAGCAAUACCACCUCGAGAAUACGACAACCGAGUCCAUCUCGAUAAACAUUUAGAAACGUGCAAGUUUGUUUUUGUUCGAGUAGACGCGGUAAAAACGCCACUAACACCACCAUAUGAAGGCCCUUAUAAAGUAAUAAAACGCACUCACAAAUAUUUCAUUAUCAACAAAAAUGGGAACCAUGAGACAAUUUCUAUAGACCGAAUAAAACCAGCUUUCUACGAAGUCCCUCAAGACACAGAAGACAAUACUGCGAACAAACAAUCACUCCCAUCUAUUGCUAAGAAACAAGAGGAAGAGGAAAAACUUAGCACUACACCCUCUUGUUUAACACGUUCUGGGAGACUUAUAAAAAACCAAAGCGUUACGUACAUUUUGCCAUAUAAAAAAACUAAAACAAUCAAAGCAAACAAUUAUCGAGGACCUACACUAUCAAUUCCAUCUAAAAAAAAAUUUUUUUUUAACAGUAUAUGAUUAAUCACAUUUUCCCACAAUUAUUCGUUUUGUCACUUUUUCAAAAAAAAAAAAAUUUUGUCACAAAAAUAAACGGUUCAAUUUUGUUUGUGUGUGUGUGGGUCAUUAACAGUUUUACACAUUAUCAUUGUUAGCUAAACAAGACAUUAAAUGACAGUAUAUUCUUUUUUUUUUGUGUUUGUUAUUCUGUGA